GGUUCAUUGUUGUUGUUUGGGAUUGCCGUGUAUUGCACAACUGUUCAAGACAUAUAAAACAUCGAACGAACGGGUUCGAUAUGUAUUCAAAAACAUAUUCAGUUAAUAAGCACAAGAGGAAGACCUGGAGGUCCUCGAUAACUGGUACUUACAGCACCAAGAUACAAAUAGUACUAUGGGACAAAAACGAGGUCGAUUUGGUCGCAAAACGGGAGCAACUGUGCGAAGAACAAUUUGGCGGGAUCAAAUGUUGCUGCAAGAGGUUUGUGUAAUACAGAAAAAAGUUGAGUAUAACGUCCAAGGAGCCCACAGAAACAAGUUCUUUGAAAAGAAAAAAGAAGUAUUAGCAGAAUUCAAGAGGCAAUUUGACGAUGGAGGGCUUGAAGUAGGAUUUGUGUCAUCAUAUGAUUAUCAUCCCUUUUAUUCACUAAACAAAUGCAAACGAUGGGAGUUGCCGAACUUACUGAAAGAUAACAUCUUGUUUGACCCUCUGCAUGAAACAAAUGAGUUUGAAGUGGUUUUAGUUGAAUACAGCAUGGGCAGACCAGUAACCAAUCUAUCAGAAUGCAUUGGAAUACACAAAAGCAAGGGGGAAGUGCAUUGUAAGCAGCCCAGAGAUAAGUACGCACAUCCAGACGAUUUAAUCAAUGUGGAACAAAACGCCAAAGUAUCAAAUGCUAAUAGAAAUAGUGGGAAUCGUAAGAAACGUAGAAAAAAAUCUGAAGACAUUGAGCUAAAAACUCCUACUCCAUGUAUAAAAUACGAAGUCACUUACGCGCGUCCUCGAGAACAAUAUCCAUAUUUUACAUCUAGACAUUUGUACGGUUACACCGAAGGUUCUUCGAAAGGAAAAUCAACAAAGAAGCAACGCUGUAACAAGUAUCUGUUUGAAUUUGAGGAAGAUGAUGAUGAUUUCUAUUCAGAUCACUUUGAUUCAGAUGAUGGUAAUAUAGGUGAUGAAGAAAGCAUGGUUUAUGUCUACGAUCCGGAGUUCUCAAUUGGGCCGCCACCAUUGUUAAGCCUCAAAGACCAUCUGAAAUUCUCAGACACACCAACCAGAUCACAAAAGAAAAAUAAAUCACAGAAGAAAAGGAAGAUGUGUACUACAUGCGAUGAGAUAAAGAUUUCAGGAAAAGACCGUAAAAUCACAAUACCUUCACCAGAUGUGCCAACUACAACCAUCAUAUCCUCAUUAGCUAACACAAUGGCAGUAUCACCAGAUAGUCUUCCAAAAAUGCCACCAAGUACAUCUGUUCUUAUUACAAAGUCUUCCGUAAUGCCCAAAUGUUUGGAAACAAUUUUUAAAAGGGAUUAUAUAGAGGGUGCUAGUCUGCCUAGAAGGUUUGUAAUCGAUUUGACAUCUCACGUUUGUGAUAAUCUACAUAAACAAGGAAUGAGUAAAGGUGCCACGAAUCUGGGAAAAAUGGGUCGAAGAAUCGUUGUGAAUUUCACAAAAGUUCAAAAAGAUCUGUCAGAGUCUCUUGUAAAUGAUGCUUGGAGAGAGAAGAAUGGUGUAUUGCUUGAAGAAGUUGACAAUUUUAGGGUUUGCAUAUUUGGUUUACAGUUCAUUUCUAAAUACAAGCAUGAACUUACGAAUGCUCUAAGCAACAGCAAAACCUUUUCUGUCACAGAUGUCAUCUCAAAAAUUAAGACUAUUCUGGACCAGUUGCCUGCAAACUACUUUUACGUAGAUGUAAAGACUUCAAAAGGUGCCUCGUCUCACCUGGCAUUCAAAUCACUUCAACAGCACUUGAAACAGGUGUCUGAAGUAACGACACCACAUGCUCUGCUGCUGCAGAUGAUCACUACCAAUGAAACCACAGAGAUCUUAAAUUCAAAAAUUGUUCAGCAAAAAUCUUGUGGUAUCUGCUUUGAAGAACUGCUGCCCUCUAUUGGUGGAUGUUCUGGUACAGCAUUAGGCUCUUGCCAACAUUGGUUUUGUGAUUAUUGCUGGAGGCAUCACAUUCACACCAGGAUUGGGCGAGGUGAUUGCUCCAUUCUUUGUCCCGAAUACCGAUGUGAUAGCAAAGUGGAUACACCGACAUUAAUGUCAUUAACAUCAAAUAGUCAGUUUCAAAACCACUUUAAUCACAAGCAGAACAGAAUUGUGGAUAACGAUCCUAGUUGGCAUUGGUGUCCAGAACCAGGCUGUCGUCAUGUAGGUAAGGUGCGUCAAUGCAAGGACAGUCACGGUUUUGUACCAUGUGAUUGUGGGAAGGCAUGGUGUGUUAGAUGUAAGGAAGAUGUCCAUUGGCCAGCAUCAUGUCAACAAGCUGAGGAGUACAAAAACGUCAUUAGGAAGAGAGAGGACUACAAGUAUAUUUCAUCAGUACAAGUGAAGAGAUGCCCACACUGUCACCGCCAUUUCGAAAAGAAUGGUGGUUGUCCCAAUAUGGAAUGCAUCUGUGGAAAGAUAUUUUGCUGGGUUUGUUUGGAACCUCAUUAUUUUUCGCCAGAGUGUUAUAACAAAAAAAUAAGUUUUGAAACUGUUGAAAUUUAUCCUGUAAUGAUAGGUGUAGCUAAAGAUGAGUUUCUUAUAAAAGCCUUUGAAUUCAAGAAACUGGGCUCCAAAUCUGCCAUCACCAAGAUGAAGAGAGGUAUCAUUGAUUUGCUUAUAAAAACGCAUGUUAAGACAAUCAAGAAAAACUCUUAUAGAAAGAAUUCUAUUAAAUAUGACCUGUUACCAACCAAGAAGAGAAUCUGCAGUUGUGGUAGCACUGAGGAGCAGAGGCAGAUCCACACAGAGGCGGUUGCCAUGGCAGAGGAAGUUGCUGAGUUUUAUACUGAAACUUGCCAUUUGUUAGAGUGGAUGUGUGUGCUCGUUGCUUACUCGGUUGUGUCACAUAGUAAAAAAAUGAAGGGAAUUUCUCACUUGCUACCGAAGCUUCUUUGCAUUCUAGAGACUCUGGAUGAGAUUAUUUCUAAAAAGAGAACUAUUUGUGCGAAUGCAAAAAAUACGUUCAGGCAACUUCUAACAAGCGGCAAGAGAAGACGCCAGAUCUUAUGUAACAAUGCAAGUAAUGCGAGGAUUGAAGAGGAAGAAAAAGUAAUGAAGGAAAGAAAUUAAAGAAAAAAAAUGACUUAUUCAAAAGACACUUUAAUUGUGAACAAUGAACUCAAUAUUUUUUCUGCUGAUGCUAGACCACCUUUUUAUUUAAAAUUUCAGAACAUGGUGCAAUAUAAUAUAUAAACCUUAAAAAAUAUUUUAGAAUUAAUUUAUAUAUUAAGAAAAGUAGUUGUAUAAGAUAUGCAAUUUUCUAAACAGUAAAGUAUUAAAUCGCAAUAUAGCAUUUGGGCUGAAAUUCAUUGUACUAAAAUGUUUAUUAUUAUCCUCAUGUAAUAAAAUACAAGUAAAUCAAACUGUUUUGUUUUUUUUAAUCAAGUUGAACGCACCACUCUUGUGUGUGCCACCGUUUCAAAGGCCUAUGUUAGCAAAGUAAAUAAAUGCAUUAGUGACAAAUAAGUGUGAUAUGCCCCUAUUUUGGUGUAAUAUGACAUCAGAUGACACCAUCAUGCCCAUGGGCACAUUGUCACUUAAAAUUUGAUAGUAUGGACAGAGCUAAGAACUUUAUGUUUGGGACAUGACUACAUGUGAACACCCGUUUCUACAGGUUUAUAUAGUUACUGGUCCUAUUUACAUGUGUAUAUCGAAAAUGUUGUUAUUUAAUUAUAUAUUUCCUUAUAAAACAUUCUACUGUACCCCCUUGGAUACUGACAAUUAGACACUACCACUUGCUAUGGUGAACAAAUACAGUAGUUACAAUUCUAUGGAACCUCUAAUUUUUUUUAUUUUGCGUUAACAGAUAACUUACGUUCAUUAUGCAAAGGUUUGGAUUUGUCAUUGUUUCGUGUUCCUUUGUCAGUCAAAGAAACGUAUAUGAAUGGAUUCCAAACUCAUCUUAAUUAUUGUGCAAUACACUAACACCAAACUUCAACCAUGGGUAUUUGUAUCAUAAUUGUACCUUUUUUCGCUUUGCAGUAUGUAAAUUCUGCUUGUAUUAAUAUAUGUAAAUGAAUAAACUUUUUAAAUUAUGAA